UUUUAAUUUCAAUCAAACCGUGUCUUUUGCGUUAGACAAUUAAUGUAAAAACGCAAAAAAUGUCGCAAAAUCGCCGAACCGAAAAUGUGAAUCAUCCGGAAGGAAUGGAUAUCGUUAAAUUAAUGGAUAAGCGGUCCGUAGAUUUGAUAGAAAUUGAUGGUGAUCAUGUGGACCAAAGGAAUAACCACUGUACGUAUAGCGCAUAGACAGUUUAUCUGCAUAUAAGUCUGUAAUAGAUACGAGAGGACACUAGGGGAGUAAUGAGUAGGUAGGUGACUGUCAGUCGCAUCGGAGUUCCGUGUGAUCGACGAACGUUGCUACAUACGAUUUAUCAUGUCACGUUCUAUGCUGUUACUGAUCCUGUUGGGUAUAUUAUUGCUCAAUUGCCAAGAGACGCUUGGUCGAAGAGGCCGAGCAAGAGGUAGAAGCAAAUCUCGUGUGCAGAUUGGAUUGCCUAUUACCGGAAAGUACCGUGAUCCGGAAAGUGAUCAAUAUUACAACCAUCACGAUGGAGCCAAGAUAAUUCUGGCAUCGCACUUCGAUCUGGAAUAUGUCUUGGGACACAAAAUAGCUUUUCUUUGUCUCGCUAAAGGUAAUCCGCGUCCGCAGAUCACGUGGUUCAAGGAUGGUGCCGAGAUUUACACGCAUCACUAUCUACAUAUACACGAGUGGCAAGUUGGAACUGACAAAGUGAAAUCGAAAAUCGAGAUCGAUCCCGCCACUCAAAUGGACGCCGGGGUUUACGAGUGCACGGCAGACAACAUGUACAGCAUCGAUCGAAGGUCUUUCAAGACUGACUUCUCCAUCGCUUUUGAUUAGUACGAGAAAUCCGAAAUAAACUCAUAAACUAGGUAAAACAUGUAAAUCCCAGGUAACAUUUAAAAUUUUUGUAAUAGACACUAGGAAGCGAUAGAUCUUAAGAAAACGGUUUAGAACGAUAUGUAUUUUUAUUGUAACUUAUAUGGAGAGAUGGAAAAAACUAAAUUGUCCUGAUAAAAAAUUAAAAGAAAUCUUUUUAAUCCCAAUCGCGAGAAAAGCGAGCUUAGAAAAUCGCGAAAUGUCUUAUCUAGAAUAAUAAACUGCUUUCUUCUAAAGCAGAAUCAAUGAGUAAUGGGCAUACAAUCAUAGUCGAUUAAGACAAAAUAUAUAUAAAAAAU